AUGGAGGCCUCGCAUAAUUGCCUGACGACUGGGGAGCAGUCCGGAGGUCAAGAACAUUGUCAAGCAGCGUCUCCUCAACAAGGCCCCCAGCCUAAGUCUCCCUCCCAGCACUGUCAGCAACAGCAAUCCGGCUCCCCGAAGCCCCAUGGCACCACAACACAGCAGGCCAAACAGUCUAGAAGACAGCAUCCUGAACGUAAACGUCUCAGGCACCAGCGGCAGAGCGUUGACUCAGAUACAGCUCUGGAACAGAAACACGAGGCAACAACAGCACCAAAAGCAUCCACAGUUUCUAGUUUGUCAGCAGGUGGCCCCACCCAGUCUAAACCAGAAACUCAAGAGGGUACCCCAAAACAGAAACGUGAGCGUAAGCCUCAGAGACCAGGCAAAUAUGUGUGUGAUUACUGUGGCCGUGCAUGUGCAAAGCCUAGUGUCCUACAGAAACAUAUUCGCUCCCACACAGGUGAGAGACCCUAUCCCUGUGCCCCAUGUGGCUUCUCUUUUAAGACGAAGAGUAACCUCUACAAACACCGCAAAUCACAUACCCACAGGGUGAAGGCUGGUCUGGCACUUGGGGAGCCGAGAUCUUUAGAGGAGCAAGUCACGGAGUCAGAAGAUGAAACAAGACAGCUAUCAUCAGCGUCUUCCAAUACAGAAAAACAAGACAGUGCAGUCUCAAACAAAAGUCAUGAAACAGACAGGGCCAAAGAUUGCACUGGAGGAAAUGAUGACUCUUAUGCAGUAAAAAAGAGACUGGCCCUGCGUCUCAGUAGAGGAAAACAUGUUCCUCGAGACGCUUCUGAUGAAAAGACCUCUUCUCUAAUUUUAGGGAGUAAAGGCAGUACAGAAUCCGGUUAUUUCUCUCGUUCUGAAAGUACUGAGCAGUCACAGGACAGCCCCCCGAACACAAGUGCCAAAAGCUAUGCAGAGAUCAUACUCGGCAAAUAUGGACGUCUCGGACAUCUACAGAGGAUGUCUCGUCCUCAUAACCAGCAGCCCUCUGAUCAGGAGGACAAAAGCAUCCCAUUCACGGUGCCCAAGAAGCAGGUCAUUGACCAUAUCACCAAACUCAUCACCAUCAACGAGGCAGUGGUAGACACCAGUAAAAUUGACAGUGUAAAACCAAGGAGAUUUUCACUCUCCAGAAAGAACAGUUCAGAUUCUCAAAAGAAUGUAUCUAUGAAAGAACCACUUAUUCAUAGCCCUAAAGCUGGUGAUCUGGGAUAUAAAAACAGUGGGUCUAUCACCAUGGGAGUUCCAUGUGAAAAAUUUCAUCAUCCAUCCCUAAAUGUGGAGCAGCCAGUUGGUCAAACAUCCAAUGCACCUCUUGUGAGAAGUCACUCAAUGCCAUCUGCAGCCAGCUCAUUUGAUGCCUCCCGUGGUGGCCCCAGUAAAUUCCGCCUAAGUCAGUCCUUUGAUGAACAACAGCCUUCUGAAUCACGGGCAUCCCGUCGUUACGGGAUGUUAAGACGGCAGCCAGCAAUUGAAAUUCCCCUUGGUGCCGAACUUACAAAAGAGGAAGAUGAGGGUUCUCAUUCAUUUUACCCUGACAGUUUAACCACUGUGCCUGACCACAAGCAAAGGCAACCACAGCCAUAUGAGUGUGAAGCCUGUGGCACUGGAUGCAAAGAUUGGAUAGGCUAUAAGAAACACAAGCAAAGCCUGUGCAUAGCACAUCAUCCCAGAAGUGAGGUGGUAACUGGUCAAAUGGAGUGCUCACAGUUAAUUAACCAUGCAGUCAGAGCAGGAGGUUCAGCAAUGCGUAAAAGAAGGAAAGAGGAGAGUUUUGAAUUUGAUGACCCCUCUUCUCCAUCUUUGCCCUCUCCUGCCCUCUUGUCCGGACAAUGUAAAGAUGAGAGUGCUGUAACUUAUGAGGACCCCAGAAGACCUACAUUGCAAACCUGUUCUGUAAUUCAACAUACUAGUUCAUUUGAAAAACAAGAUUCUUUGUGCAGUGAGAAUCAAGGCAUCGAGACAACAAAAAACUCUCCGCCUCAUGAAGAAUAUCAACUGGUGCCUCAGAAACAAGUCCAACAGUCAACAAAAAUAACAUCCCGAAAACUGGUCCGCCAACACAGUGUGCAGGUUCCAGAAAUACUGGUGACAGAGGAUUCUAACAUGAGCACUAUGAGCUCAAUCGAGCCAGCCUCUACAACAAAACAUUCAGAGAAACCUGAAGAAUUUCAGUGGCCUCAGAGAAGCCCCUCCCUGGCCCAGCUCCCUAUUGAAAAGCUUCCUCCAAAGAAGAAGCGUUUACGUCUAGCUGAGGUGGCCCAGUCCUCAGGGGAAUCCAGUUUUGACUCUAUAUCCUUGCCCCAUAGCCCUAGUCAGGACAGUAGUGCAUCUUAUGCAUCCAGUCGUUCCACAUCGUUUGAAGAAUCAAAUAGACCAGAUAUGGAGAUAGCAAUAUCGACACCACUGAGGAGAUCAAGAGCUCCUCACAUGUUGACAGUGCCUGGGGUGCAUCAGCACAGGGAGAUGAGGCGCUCAGCAUCUGAGCAGGCGCCACAUGACCCACAACCAAGUGUCCUAAUGGCUGAGACCCGGAGUAAGUCCUUUGACUACAGUUGUCUGUCCCCUGAGCGAUCUGCAGUUGGUUGGAGGGAGAGGAGAAAAUGUCUCCUUAUGAGACACACUGCUAUUAGAGAUCCAGAUGAGGAGGAGGAGGAGCAGUGUACUAUUCCUAGCCGUAGUCCUGAUCAUAUCAUCCCCAACACAUCUUCUCAAGCGAGCCCAACUUCUGCAUACUGCAGUAGGUCCCCUACUUCUCCUUCAUCAGGUGACACGGUCUUGCGUAAUCCAGUAAGAUCACAAUGCAAUGAGAUAUUCUCUCAGUGGAAACUCAGUCAAAAUAUACAGUUAACAGGCAGCACAGAAUUCUCCCUUACUCAUGGCUCAGCUGUAGAUCCUAUAAAAGAGGAGGCCUCAAACAUCCAUAAAGGGCUACCCCCUUCUCAAGUACCACAGCCCUAUCCUACACAUGGACACUCAGGGGCAGCAAGAGCUCACUACCUCCCCAUGUCUACAGGGCUGAAGCUAGAGAUUCCCUCACGACAUGAUGAUUAUUCAGAGGUUCGAGUAAGUCACUCCAAUAUCCAACACUCUGCCCCUAACAUCACUUCCAGUCUGGAAUUACUGAGGCCAGUCACAUCUCCAACGGUAGCAGUGCAUCUCCAAACAGACACCCUCACUCAAGCAAGUGCCAUAUACACCACAUUGUCCCAGUCCACCUCCCCUAGGCCACAGGAGGCAGACGCUGUUUCACACAAUAUAAGUAACCCAACAACUGAAUACAGAAACCAUAGAAACAUAAGUCCAGACCUUUUGUGGUCUGAGGAUGGCCUGAGGUUAUCAGGCUCAGGGGGCAACAAACGCAUGCUUUCUCCCUCAAACAGUAUAGAGCUGCCUCCUGAAUCACAACAGCAACAGAAACGAGUAAAAGAAGAAGAGGAGAGGGAGGUGGAUUGUGCAGACAAGUCAUCAGUGGAUACGUGCAAUCAGGAAGUCAAAAGGGAGGAUCAGUCGUGUCUGCCCAGUGUUUGUUCUGUCACUCAUGUUGGACCUACAUUCCCCAGUCUCCUUUCCAGCACCUGUAAUAGCUGGUGCUAUUUGAACUACAUUAAACCAAACCCCUCUACUCUGGAUGAACAGAAGCCUUCAGUGUAUUCAUCGUGGUCCACUAGCGGCUAUGACCCCAACCCACCUGGCCUUUCCAGCAAGACAGCUCUCUCUCUGCUGCACUGUAAGCAGAGGCUCAGUCCCUCCAUCUACACCGUAUCUCCCAUGUCAAUCAGGACAACAGAGUCAAUGGAGCAAGAGGACAACACAAGACCAUGCUCCACUGAGGUCUACAACAGCCAGUCGCACUGCAGAGACCGUGAGGGAACAAGGAAGGGACCGCAGUCAGCAGAUGACACCAGGUCAAACAGAAAAGAGAUCGAGGAAGAGAAGAAGAAGGAGGGGAAGGAAGUCCAAGCAUGCUCCAGAAAUAAACAACCUCCCGAAGUUUGGAUUUCUGAAAGAGGACCAAAUGAGCAGUGUGGCAUCGUGCACGGAGGAGGUGGAGGUGGAGGGAAGUGCCAGUGUGAGGAGUCUGGAUUCCACUGUAAGACCACCGGUGUGCUGGAAAAGUGCACCCAUCAUAUCACAGAGUUCCCACCAAACAACUGCAAACACUGUAAUGCUGCUUCCAAAGCCAAAGGGAGCCUCAGCGAACACCUGAGAUCUAAUGCGUGUGGAAAAGACACCUGUUGUUACCCAGAUGACACAGAUGAAGGAGUCUGUCAGAAUCGUUCAGUUUGCCCAGAUGGACAAAAAGAUGAUCAGGACAAUUUGGGCGAAGGUGGAGAUGAAGAUGAUAACAUUAAGGACAAACAUUGUGAUGAAGACAACAGGUCCACAGCUGCUGAAAGCUCUCACACUGCCUCCUCCGAUAGCGAGAAACCUCAUCCAGGAGGCCAGCAGAUGGAGCCUGAACUAAGCCCAUCCCUCACGCUUAAGCCCAAGGAUUCUACCCAGAAGAGCUCGGCCAGCGCCAGGAGGGCCCUGUUCGCCCGCAGAAGCUUCGACGCUUCAUCGUCCUCCAGAAGCUCCCCUCCUCAAAGUACUCCAUCCCUGAUUCCACAGAGGGAGCCGUCUCCACCUCGCAGCCCGUCGCCCGGGCCUCGCCACUCCCCCGCUCCCCCUCCCUCCCUCUCCGCAUCCAGUUGUCAUGUCUCUACUUCCCCGCUGAGACCAGCCUCCCCUGUUAGAGGACUUUCUCCUGUAAUAGUCCAGUCCCAUGGCACGGGGACCUCGGGGCCUCCAGGCUCUCUGGCAGACACUUCAGCCUGUCUUUACCCAAGGGACCGACCGUCUACAGCACGACUGUCUGUGGACGAGGUCGGUCUAACCAUCGUCACGCCACAUCCCACUAGGCCUCGAGGAGGCCCCAACGUCCUGAGUCACCUCCCUCUUCACUCCCAGCAGCCGAGCAGGGCCCCGAACCAUCUCAUACCCAUAGGGGGGAUUCACAUGAUUCAGCCCAGGUCCCCCCUCCCUCUGUACACACUGGUGUGCAGCCCCACAGCAGCCACGGUUAAAACCACAGGGACAGAGACAUCUUUAAGAUUAAGCGAAGCUCCCAAAGGAAGGUUUCCACUGCUGCGACGUCAGGAUACUCUCAAAGAGAUGUCACCCAGCAGCCCGCCGGACCCCGGUGCAUUAGGGGAAAUGUCCGGGAGCGGCCGUUCGGACACACACGGCAAGGUUCAAGGAUGCCUCGACGUCCGGCGGCCGUCCAAUCCCAGAGCGGAGACGAGACCUCCGGAGGUGAGCACAGAUGCACAUGUUACAGAGAGGUGUGUUUACCCCGAGACCACCCAAGGCCAAAAAAAGGCUCCUUCCUCCCAGACACAACUCUGAUAGGAGGGAGAGUCUGAAGGGACAGUGCAAAAGACUACAAACCAGAGUGUGUGUGUGUGUGUGUGAAAACACUCUGGUUUAAAGAACGAGGACAAAACGGCAAGAGCACUUGAGCACCGCUUCUGAAUGACGCUAUUAUGUAAUUAUAUGAAUAAUAUAUAGACAAUAUGUUAGAUAUGCAGUAUGUUUUGUAAAUCUUU